AUCAACUUCGUAAAGAGGCGCUCGAAUUGAAGCUUCCGAAAGAACAUACGCCCAGAAUCUAGAAAUCAUGCAAAAAAUCAAAGAUUUAUUCAAUAAGAAAAAAGGCGAUCUUACAUUCAAACGAGCUGGACCCGGGUAUCGUCUUACUGACAAUAGCGCAUCACAACAACAGCCAACAUCUUCUGGCGUUGGACGAGUAUUAGGUACUGGUCAAGCACAAAAAACUCAUCAAUCACAAAAUCCAAGUCAGCCAAAACGUCAAGGUGGACCAGAUGAAAAUGUAGCCAAAGCUACAUUAGCUCGUUUCGAGACCAAACCAAAUUCAACAAAAGCCACUUCGGCUAAUAAAUCCACUUUGUAUGACAUAAUGGCUGAAGAAAAACAAAAAUUCGAAAAAGAAUUGAAAAUGAAAGAAGACAUGGAAGCAAAACGUCGUCUCCAACAACAACAAGAACAGCAACAAGCAAAACAGAUGGAAAAUCCUUUCAAAGAAUUUGAAGAUGCACAACGUUUCACUUGUCAGACAUUGGAUCUGACAGACCCGGUUCCAUUCAAAGAUAUUCUUAGGCAAAUCAAAUCAUCCAUCUAUGAUAAUUUCACUGAUGAUCCCGUUCUUCGAUCAGCCAUGAUUCUAUUCAAUUGUAAUCGCUCUGUCGAUAAUGGCCCAUCGUCCAAUAGUAGCCCUAAUGUUCAAUUACAAAAUUGUCUGGAUAUUCUCUUGAAAAUUGUAUCGAAUUUAUUGUUGGCCGAAAACGAUGAACAACUGGAAAAAUUCAAACGUGUCCGACGGUCCAAAAUUGAACAAAAAGUUCUUAGCCUGGAUGGUGCAUUGGAUUUUAUGUUUGCCAUUGGUUUCACUAUCGACGACAAAGAUUGCGAUUGGCUGGUCUAUGCUGAUGUGGAUGAUGAUGAUGGAAGGAAAGCCAAAAUGACCUAUCUGAAGGAUUUGAUUUCCAAUCCACAAAUCAUUCAUAUCGAAUUGGACAGACAAGUCAAACUGAUUGACCAGUCCAGACCAGAAGAGGCCACAAACGAAUCGGAAUCCGAUGUUCGGCUUACAUCGGCUGAUGUGAAAGAAUAUUAUUCCAAUAUUGAACGAACACGACAAAUCGAAGAAAUGCUCAUCAGCAAAGAAACGAAAGCCAAACUUUUAGUUUCAAAUUCCAAUCUAAGCAAUUUUCGUUCAGUUUUCACCAAACUUCGCUUCAAAUUUGAAUUAGCUGGGGAAAUGCAAUUGAUUGAGGCAAUAUUCUAUUCAAAAGAGACAUUGGCCGAUGUGCAAAAGUGGUUUAUUGAGCAUUUUGGCAAUGCACUGGACGGUAAAUGCGUACAAUUCAAACAAGGUCUAUCCUUAUUGACCAACGAACAAGACACAUUGGAAACGUUAAAAUUAUCGCCAGCAUCUACAUUGUUAGCAAUUGUUGUUUAAUAAUUUAUUUUGCAAAAUUAUAAAUAAAAUAUUUUCAUUUUCAAA